CCUUUUGACCGGGUUCAAGGAUUCGAAAGUAGUUGAUGGGUUUUGUCUAAGGGAUUCAUUCUUUUCUUUGGUUUUGAUUACGUUGGUACACUACUGACUCGACUAACUACUUAUGCUUGACUUUGUCUUUAACAACUCCCCGUUAACACCUUCCAUUAAAACUUUCCUUUUAUCACACAACAUUCUGCUAGUAAGUUCCUAUAUAUAGAAGAGCUGUGGUAGGCACUUAUAUCCAAUAAAACUUCCUUACUGUUCAGCAUACCAUAACAUUUAGAGUAAUUACCAUCCCUAAAAUAUAGCCAUGCAAAUAGUACUAUUGUGUCUAAUGAUACUUAAGCUCACUCCAGCCUUUGCAGCCACCGUGAAUGAUGCCUAUGGUGGUGAUCCUGGUUGUGCAUUAGGGAGUGGCAUAUACCGCCACACUUGCCCAGAGGCUGAGGCCAUCAUCUUCUAUUGGGUGGAGCAGGCUGUUGCUGAAGACUCAAGAAUGGCUGCCUCACUGCUUAGGCUACAUUUCCAUGAUUGCUUUGUCAAUGGUUGUGAUGCUUCAGUCUUGCUGGAUGACACACAGGACUUUGUUGGGGAGAAAACUGCAGGUCCAAAUUUGAAUUCUCUCAGAGGAUUUGAAGUGAUCGACAAAAUCAAAUCUGAGCUGGAACUACUCUGUCCACAGACUGUCUCUUGUGCUGACAUACUGGCAACUGCUGCAAGAGAUUCAGUUCUUCUGUCAGGAGGUCCAAUUUGGGAGAUGCAAAUGGGAAGGAAAGAUAGCAUUACUGCUAGUAAGGAUGCAGCAAAUAGUAACAUCCCAGGUCCAAACUCCACUGUUGACGUGCUGGUAGCCAAGUUCGAGAAUGUAGGCCUUACACUUAAAGACAUGGUUGCCCUUUCAGGUGCACACACAAUAGGGAAAGCACGCUGCACAACAUUCAGCUCUCGAUUACAGAGUAGUAGCGACUCAGAAAACAUUGAUUUCAUCGCAUCAUUGCAACAGUUGUGCUCAGGAUUAGAUAAUGGUAACAUAGUUGCACAUCUUGACUUGGCUACACCUGCUACCUUUGAUAACCAAUACUUCGUUAAUCUUCUCUCUGGGGAGGGAUUGCUCCCAUCAGAUCAGACUCUUGUGAAUGGAAAUGAUCAGACACGACAGAUUGUGGAAAACUAUGUGGAGAAUCCAUUAGCUUUCUUCGAAGACUUCAAGCAUUCAAUGUUAAAAAUGGGAAGCUUGGGAUCACCAAGUAAUGGCCAGAUUCGUAGGGACUGCCGAACGGUUAAUUAGUCUUAGCCUUUCCUUUUUAACCAAAAAUAAUAAUUCUAGUUCUAAAGCUGAUAUUGCCCUAUGUAAAAGCAAUAUGGUUGUUGCAUACUAAUUGAUCACUAGAAGGGGCGAACUAUGUUACUGUUAUGGGAUUAAAUAUUAAUGAUUACUUGAUCCGCUUUUAGUAAAAGUUUUCCAAGCACUGGUUAAAGCCAUUAAUUGCUUCUGCUUCACAUUAUGUCAGUUCGUCACAAAUA